AUGAAGCUUUUGAUCGUGCUUGCGCUGGUGGCAUCCGCUUACGGGUAUCCGCAGCAUGAACGCCACGAGCAUCUGGAACAUCACGAAACGAGCACCUACAUUCCCAUCCUGAAAUACGACAAACAGCAGGGCGAAGAUGGCAGCUAUAGGACUAUCUACCAGACGGGUAACAACAUCGUGCACGAAGAGUCCGGAUAUCUGAAGGACGCCUCGGAAGACCAUCCCAACGGUAUUUUGGUCCAGCAAGGCGCCUACUCGUACGAAGCCCCGAACGGCGACGUCAUACAGGUGCAGUACACGGCCGAUGAGAAUGGGUUCCGGGUGCAGAGCGACAGCUUGCCCACACCACCCCCAGUACCGGCAGCAAUCCAGGAAGGCCUGAAGGAGAUCUACGAAGGCAUCAAACGACGCGAGCAGGAAGCGAAAAACAAUCCCAAAUACGCGGAAGAUGAAGCCAAGCGGGCAGAGCUGGACUACAACGGUCAGUACUACAACCAGUAA